UCUAACCACGGCUCCACGUAUCCAAAGACGCAUGCAUCCAACAUGCAAUCCACAUUUCUAGGUAGUCUAAUAAUUGUUCAUCUGUCGGUCAAUCGCACCUACCUACCUCCCAAAGCCGCGACUGCAGCUGCGGUUAAGUCCCAUACCACCACCACCAAGGAAGGAGGCGAGGGAGGAGGGGACGAAGAACGCAAACCCCUCGAUCCAACAACUUCGUUUCUCAUUGCCUUCUCCCCUCCCCCCAUGUCUGCAGUUCAUGCCUGCAAUUCGAUCGUCCCCGCGAGGCUAUUGGCACGUCGUAUCCAGGCUGUACAGUGCAGGUCCAGGAUCGGGCUAGCGUGUCGUGGCUAUGCGUAUGCGUUGGGGGGUUCAUAAGCAGGCGCCGCCUUGCGGGGUUUUGCUGCGUCGCUCAUACACGAUUGCGAUAUCAUGCAGACUGGCGGUUCUUCCAAUACGCGGCUUGUGAGGAGGUAUAGUUUUGAUUCCGACAAAAAAAUUGUGAGGACGCAUGAUGUUGAAGAGGAGGAGCCUGGUGGAAAGGCGGCGCGGGGAUCAUCGAGGCGUUCGGGAAAAGGUUUGGGGUAUUUGCCAGAGCUCAGCAAAUUGGAUGAACUCUCUAUAAAAGCAAGGGCGCUGCAGCGGCUAUUGCCAAGGUCCCAAAUGGAACCCCCCCAGCAAGAUCAGAUGCACCAUGAAACCGAGUUUUCGUCCAUACCGCCAGCUGCUAAAGCUGUGAGGGAUGCAGCUAGAAGAUGGCAAGAAGAGCGAGGAAAUGGCGAACGAAACAAAGUGAACUCCUACUUCCGUCGAUUUGCUGGCACGCUUGAAUCACAUGAAAAGUUGAUGAAAAUGCUGCCCCGAGGAGAUAAAUGGGUCUCUAUUUUCGCUCGUAGCAUCGUGACAAUUUUACAUGACAGCGACAACCACCAGGAGAUAGCCGGAGACAUAGCUCGGGCCCUUUACAAUAUCAGUGAUCAUAUCACUAGCUGCCAAACUAAUCUCACAUUUGUCGACAAUGCGGAGAUGAGAAGUGACACAGCAGAUCUCUAUGCGCACAUUUUCCAAUUUUUGUACGACGCCUUGAAUUGGCUCCGCAGGCGACAUCAGCCUCUACCAUACUAUUUAAACAAAACAUUGUUUGACCUGUUCCAGUACCAAAUUGACAGUAUCUGUUAUAUAUCAAGAAUCCUUGAGAGGAAAGCGAUGGAACUCUCUGCAACAGAAUUGAGGAAUAUGCGGCUGCAAUUUGAGCAAAUCUCUCGCGAUAAGCGCAAUGCACUGCUUAUACACCAAUCGCAAUAUGACUAUUUUCAGCAAUUGGCGAUAAAACGAGCGAGAUUAGAGACAUUGGCCGGGAAUAGCUCCUCGAAGAAGCCCUACGAGGGUAUCGUUACACGAUUGAGAAGAGUGGCGACCAACGCUCCAGCGAGGGACUCCCCUGCCAGAUUAUACAAUGAUAUUUCUUCCGAAAUUCAUAACCAUGCUCCGAUCGAUCACCCUGAUAGAACUUAUAGCGAUCUUUCUUACGCAACUCAUAACCUUUCAGAUGCAUUCCUCGAAGACAUUUACAUGUGGAAGCUAUAUACUGAAGCAGUAUCCCAUUCCGACCACGACACAUUUUCUCGAAAUCACAAUGCACUUCUAAAGAAGUAUUUUGGGGAAUUGCGACCCCUGGCCAAAACCAGAGAUGAAAUUUGGGCAGUCAGACAUCUUCGAAAGCGGGAUAAGCGACACGAUGUUACCAGGAUCGUCUACGAGACCGUUUGUGAUAUCGGUUCAGUCGAGGUAGCGGAAGAGGAGGGUGUUCAACAAGUCUUGUCGGAUCAUCCUUCGGAACCAGCAGUCGAAGACGACAUGAGAGAUUUCAGCAGUAGCGAGGAUGAUAUUGAUGGUGAAAACGAGGACCGUCACAAUACUGCUUCUAUCCAUCGUUUUCUCACCAACGGGUCCCCCUUCCAGCACUUCAAGAAUGGCUUCUAUUGCUUUGUUCAUCCAUCGACAACGAUAAGACAAGCACUCGAAUAUCGUAUGCAUGGUGCGCUGGAAAAACUUCUGCAGAACGAUUUUGAGCGUGCAACUAGCGAGGAGUACCUUUGGUUGCGCGAGCUAGAUGAUGUGGGAUACAGCCGAUCUGAAAUCGCAAAUCUACUGCUCGAAGAGGCUCAUGAUGUUCCUUGGAUAUACAAUACUCUCGCGGAAGGCUUGCUUCCAUCGAAUUCGCUGGCUGAUGGUCCCGCUAGCGUCGCUUCUCUUAACACACAUCGUACGUAUACGCGGCAAGAGGUUGAGAUGAUGAUUCAUCACCUCUGUGGCUUGGCCGGUGUUUCACCAGUAUCUCGAUCACCCGAAGAUUGGAACGGGGAGGUCAUCUUUGAGCAUGAUUACUCCGUGUCGUACAUAUCGUAUGCGGAAAACUCGAAACACAAUGAGUCUUCUGCGACGCUCACUCGGCUCAAACGAGUGCUGAAAUCUUUACGCCUCGCAGCCGAAGUACUUCAAAAAGCUGGUCUGUGUCAGGAUUACUUCACGAUCGUUCGAAAGGAGUCUGCGUCUGAGAUAGAGCUUGACUGGAUCAGUAUCGCUCACACUAUCUCGUUUUGCGAGGUUAUCGACCAAUCCCCGACUGUGGAUGAAAUCCACUCGAAGUAUCCCACACAAAUCAAUCCCAUCAUGUUUCGAAUUCUUGAGUCUAUGCGCUGUUGGAGACUGCUUAGAGCAAUUUCGUGUCCCAGUAUUGAGGGCAUUAUUCAUAUGUGUUGUAUAACAGCGCAAUUUCUAUGUCUCGGUCUAGUAUCUUUCUGUCAGGACCACGUUGGACCAUUGGAGCUACCCUUUAUCAAUAGACCACAGACGAGCAUGACAUUACUCGGCAGCUACUCUAAGGAUUGGAUCGAUUUCCCUAUAAUCAAGGUCGACCUUUCACAGCUUACUUGCUUUGGAGAGUUGACUGGGGGGCCCCUUCUCACGUUCGGCUCGUUUGAAGGCCGGCCGGAAAUGUUAACGGGACGACACGAAGAUGCGUUAGUACGGAUAGAAGAGAAGGAAAACGAGAAGAGGGAAGUCGUGGAAGAUGACCCCGUGCAGCCAUUAAGUGAGGACAACAAGAAGGCGGCCGCCGACACCAAGUACCAUUUAGCUGGCGCCGUCAAGGACAUAAUUUCUACUUGGGGGCCUGGUCAUUUCAUUUCACCAGACCCCAGUGCGCCAGAUAUGCGAGCCAUCGCUAUAGGAGGUGGCGUGUUAUAUCCUCGACCAGGCCGUGACAGCGACUUCCAUUGGGAAGAUGGCCCCGGACCUAAACCACUCCCAACGACAAGUGUUGAUAUGAGAACUAGAAUCACGAUUGGGACCCCAAUAACAAAGAAUCCCACACCAUGCGCGUUUCCAUGGCAGGACUGGAGAAGCAGGUGCAGAUUGCAAUAUCUGGGUGUGGAACCACAACGUUGGGAGCCAAAUCAACGGCAGCUGGGUUUUCAGGCUGGAUCUGAGAACGUACUGUUCCAAGGAAACCAAACAUGGACCAAAAUUCCUGCAAGACUCCUAAAGCAGUAUCAACUCGAACAACGGGGUGUCGAUAUCGUGAACUUCUUGGGCUGUUAUAUGGGCGUGCAAGUGAGCUGUUGCACUGGUGUAGCUCGUCGGGUCUCGCUGCAGAAACUCUUGGCAGAUUUGGUACCCAUCUACUGCCGAACAAAUCUGGGCAGUGCCUGCUGGGAAGAGUGGAACCGAAUCUACAAAAUCGUGGAUGCAAUGAACGGGGACAACUUCACAGGCUGGCUAACGGACCUCAACCACGAAUCCCCAGACGCCGGAAAAUCUUUCAUGGACGCCGUCUGCGGUAUCCUCGAGAUUAUCAGACCAACGGGUCUGAGUCGCGAUCAGAAAUUCCUCCUUGUUGCAUGGCCACAGGAACGCGAUUUCCUCCGCGGGCUCAGGAUCCCCUGUACAGACGAACGCCUGUGGACCAAAAUCCUAGUCGACUCGGUAGAAUCCGUCACCUUUGCAUACAUGACACACGAAUGCCUCGUCCUCCCCAACACGCUCUGCCAACAGCAAGCAAAAGCAUGGCGGCCCACCACCAAAUGCCUCGGAACCGCCGUCACGCGGUAUCGCGAGGAAACGGAUCUCGAGCCCGACCCGGGCACUUGGAGAUUGAAAGAAGGCAGCACGUACCACGUGUGGAAUGCCAAAGGCGCCAUCAAAUUGGUGGCCGAGGGAACCGCGGGCGGUGAGGCUCGGCUCGUUGCGUCCAAAAGUAAGAUCCCGGCCGCUGAGAUGAAGAGGCUGUUUUAUGGACGGUACUGGAGGACCGAGUUUUUGAUCCGCGAGCAUCAUCGUCCGGAGGAUUCGGCGGAUCAGGUUGUUAUUCUUGAUAAGGUGUGAGAUUGUGUGUGUGUGAUGUUGCUGCGGCUAAAGAAGCGGAGGAAAGGGGAAGACAUUCGUAUAUACAAGGAGUUGGUGAUUUGACCACGAUCUUGAAUUUUUUUUUUCUCUCGAAGCGUUUGGUAGCAGGAAGUUGAAUGUGGAGAUUGUGCAAUUACGCGUAUUUAUGCAGACAAUAUUAAGGCUCUCUACCCCCGCCUUUUUUUGGGUGUAUGUAGCAGUUGAACACAGCAUAUGUAUAUAACUGAACUCUUCUAUUACAGCACGACGAUCCACUGAAACUUAACAAACAGACGUAAC